AUGUCCUCAUCAAAUUUCUCCUAUAUUAGCCUUUUCUUCUUCUUUUUCAUCAUCCCAUACAUUCAAAGCCAACCCACUGCUCCAGCUCCGACCAAUGAUGCAAGUACGGUCAAUCUCACGGCGGUUCUUGAAACUGGUCACCAAUUUAACACAUUCAUACGACUCCUCAACACAACUCAAGUCGGGUUUCAGGUUAGUAUUCAACUCAAUAGCUCUGAUCAAGGGAUGACUGUCUUUGCUCCAACAGAUAACGCAUUCAACGACCUUAAACCCGGAACCCUAAACAGUCUCACACAUCAACAACAAAUCCAGCUCAUUCUCUACCAUAUCAUUCCAAAAUACUACUCCCUAGACGAUCUUCUCUUAGCCAGUAAUCCCGUUAGAACUCAGGCUACGGGACAAGAAGGAGGAGUCUUUGGGUUAAAUUUUACAGGACAAGGGCAAAUCAACCAAGUUAAUGUUUCUACCGGUGUUGUUGAGACAAGGAUCAAUAAUAUCUUAAGACAGAAAUUUCCACUAGCAGUUUACGUGGUGGACAAGGUAUUAUUACCCCAAGAGUUGUUCCGAACCAAAACUACUCCCACCGGAGCUCCGCCCCCGGAUGCCGAUUCUCCAUCUUCUGAUGAGGAGCACAAGUCUGUCGGAUCAAGAGUGAAGGGGACGAGUCUAGGCCUAAGUAAAGUGGAUUCAGAGAGACAUCUGCGUUUAACGGCGGCGAAUUCUCCCGGAGCCGGAGCUCUAUUGUUCCCACCACCAAGAGCCGCCGCAUCGCUGCAUUUUCCAAAGCUAGCUUUAAUGGCCUUUCAUGGAAUUAGAGAGUUGGAGAACUAUUUCGUGCCUUUCCUGCAGCAAUUCAAAAGCGCAAGGGAAUGGAAGAAAAUCCAUGCCUCCAUCAUCGUACAUGGACUGUCGCAAAGCAGCUUCAUGGUCACCAAAAUGGUGGAUGUGUGCGAUAAGAUUGGAGAUAUGGAGUAUGCAACUCGUCUAUUCAACCAAGUUUCGACUCCUAAUGUCUUCUUGUACAACUCCAUCAUUCGAGCUUACUCCCACAAUUCCUUGUAUCCAGAUGUGAUCCGUAUCUACAGGCAACUGCAGAGGAAGAGCCUUGAACUUCCAGAUCGUUUCACAUUUCCGUUUAUGUUUAAGUCUUGCGCAAGCCUCGGAUCAUGUUACUUAGGGAGGCAGAUUCACGGCCAUCUCUGCAAAUUCGGGCCUAAAUUCCACGUCGUGACAGAGAAUGCUCUGAUUGAUAUGUACAUGAAGUUUGAUGAUCUCGCUGAUGCGCAUAGAGUGUUCGACGAAAUGUGUGAGAGAGAUGUUAUAUCGUGGAACAGUCUGGUUUCAGGGUAUGCACGGCUUGGGCAGAUGAAGAAAGCAAAGACCUUGUUUCGUUCGAUGGCGGAUAAAACAAUUGUCUCUUGGACUGCGAUGGUCUCUGGGUACACAGGGAUUGGAUGUUACGUGGACGCCAUGGACGUCUUCCGUGAAAUGCAGAUGGCUGGUAUUGAGCCUGAUGAGAUCAGCCUCAUUUCUGUGUUACCAUCUUGUGCUCAUCUCGGAUCUCUGGAGCUCGGGAAAUGGAUCCAUAUGUAUGCAGAUAGGAAGGGAUUUCUGAAACAAACUGGUGUCUGCAAUGCUCUUAUUGAAAUGUACUCGAAAUGCGGUAUGAUUAGUGAAGCUAUCGAAUUGUUUACCAAGAUGAAGGGGAGAGAUGUGAUAUCGUGGAGUACAAUGAUCUCAGGGUAUGCGCAUCACGGUAACGCUCAAGGAGCGAUGGAAACAUUCGAUGAAAUGCAGAGAGCCAAGGUGAAGCCUAACGGGAUCACAUUCCUCGGUCUUUUGUCAGCUUGUUCACACGUUGGCUUGUGGCAUCAAGGGUUGAAGUAUUUUGAUAUGAUGAGACGAGAUUAUCAGAUAGAGCCCAAGAUCGAACAUUAUGGUUGUUUGAUCGACGUUUUGGCAAGAGCAGGAAAGCUUGAACGAGCGGUUGAAAUAACGAAGACAAUGCCGAUGAAACCUGACUCUAAGAUUUGGGGAUCACUGUUGAGCUCAUGCAGAACACGAGGCAAUCUUGAUGUAGCUCUGGUUGCAAUGGAUCAUCUUGUCGAGCUAGAGCCUGAGGAUAUGGGGAACUAUGUUCUGCUUUCUAAUAUAUAUGCAGAUUUGGGGAAAUGGGAAGAGGUUUCGAGGAUGAGGAAGCUGAUAAGGAAGGGAAACAUGAAGAAAACGCCAGGUUGUAGUUUGAUAGAGGUGAACAAUGUUGUUCAAGAAUUUGUUGCAGGAGAUCACAGUAAACCUUUUUGGACUGACAUCUCUUCGGUUUUGCAAUUGUUCUCUGCGCAUCAGAAUCCGAAUGUGAUUGAAAACAGCAAUACUCUCGAGUAUAUAUAG